GACUGUAGCGUUGUUUAGACUGUGUAGCGCUCCGUGUUAGUUCAUACAGAAUUUGUGAUAGUGCGUUGUUCGGCGUUCGACGAGAGACGAUGUUGCACUACGCAACAACGAUGACUACCAUCGGUCCCAAUUAAACAAUGUGGUUUGAGUCUCAGAAUUGUGCCAUGAUGGGUCUUCAAGCGACCACAGGAAAGCGUAAGUUAGAAGCAGCGACAGCCCCAGGAGAAUCGUCCCCAGCGAAAAACGGAAGAUGGGAAGCGGAAGAUUGCAUAGCACGUUUGCAAGCGGUGGCGGUACCGAGCGACGCAUGGAGAUCCCCGACGCCUUCGCUAGCGGCUACCCUCCUCUCCGAUGACUUCGAGGAUGAUGAGGACUUCGACGAUGACUUGUCCGAUGAUGACAAAUGUUCGAGCGCGCCAGAGCCAGCGCGUUUCGCCCAGCAGCCUACGUACGCCACGUCGGCGGCGACCCGGUAUCAAGCUGAUUACUGGCAGUACUACCAACCACCGCAGCAGACCAUAAGAUGCGAAGAGAACGGCAAGAGCUACCUGGAGCUGGGAGCAGCGCCUCCCGUACGGACGAGAUGCUGCGAUGGAAGGACGCGAUGGUGCCACGUGCCGUGCUAUCGGCAGCGACGACUGGCCGUCCUCAACCUAUCCAUGUGCAAGUUGGCAAGGUACAGGCAGUGCAACGAUCCCUCGCUGCGAAGGUCCGUCCUGAUUUGCAACACUCUGAGGAAGCUCGAGAGGGAGAUGGAAGCCGAACCACCCGAACCCACCUACCAUCCUACGUUACCUGAACUCACCCCGCCUGGCAGACCAAACCCCGUGCCCGAGCCCAGCGGCUACGAGCACAGCCUGAGAGAGAUGACCUCCAGCUCUGGCAGAGCGACGCCAUUCCCGCAGACAACGUCCGACACCGACUCCGGCAUUGGGGAUGACAUGGACACGACGCGUCCCAUCAACUGGGGUUCCGUGCUGAGUCUCACCUCUCAGACGGAUCUCGAAUCGCUGAACAACAAUGAACUUUACGCGGAAUUGGGCCUGACCAGCGAGUUCGAGUGGAACAAAGACGCUAACGGUGCGACGGUCCGAUCCGAGAACGAGUGGGACGGUUUCAUGCAUGUACUCGUCGGGGGUUCGUAGCACCAUCCCAACUGAUACCACCACCACCCCAUCGCUCAGGUUGUGAUUAGUUAAACCUAUUUAGUGCAGUGCAGGAAUUGUGCAGCUGAUUGAUAAUUGUUGACUAUUUUUAUUUUUAUAAAGUUUUUUACCUUAGCGAUUGGACAUUUAGCCGAUAGGUACACAGGAUCGGUCUCCCACCAAACGUCGCACCUAAGACGGUGUGCGGGCUCGACACUUCCUGACAAACUUAAAACUUGUUGACAGUUACUUUGAUCUCGAUCGCUCAAUAUAUUUCGCUCAAACUUGAAUAACAAAUUGAAAACAAACAAAACAAGAAGAACGAAGCAAGAAGACGAUGAAGAGAAGAAGACAAAUUGAGUUCUCAUGAUAUUAUUUGGUGUUACUCGACCCACAGUUUUUUGGGCAUUCCUCUGUACAUAAUUUAUUAAAUGUGUAAAAAAAACAAAAUACUAUACCUGUACAUAAUGUAUAUAAGAGUUUCUAAAUAGGUUAUAUAAAUAUUGUAAAUAACUAAUUAAUAUUAUAUUAUAUAUAUAUUAUAUAUAUGUUACAUAUAUAUUUUAAAUCGUGUGACUUUAUCAAGUUGGCAAUAUUUUAUAAAAUUAAAACAAAGCAGGCCGCCCCGUAACAGCAGAAACAGCCUCUACAUCUCUCAAGCAAACCAAUCUCUCUUGCAAAGCGCAAAAUAAUGAAAAUUGCUAUUUCUUACACUAACAAACGUAUGUAAGAACUAACAAAAUUUGUUUUUAAAACAUUUCAAUUACUUGCGGUUUGCAACGGAGAUCGCACUGUUCACUAUUUCUUGCAAGUUACCAACUAAAUAUUUAAUCUUACUUCAAAGUAUCAACAACAACAAUAACAACAUUGGAAAAAAACAUUAUUUUGAUUGGCUCUUUCUGCAGUGACGGGGACCAACCUCAUCAUCUAGUCCAACAUUGGCCGUUUUUAUUUAAAAGAAUGAAGAUAUUAAUUAAUUAUUUAAAAAAAGAAGUAUACUG